GAUGCUUGUUGAAAACCUGCCGAGCUUCUGACUGGUUCCUGUCAUCGUCAGUCUUCCUGGACUCACCUUGAUGCUGGGGGCGGGGUCUUCACCUGCCGGGUUGCUCUGUCAGAACCGGGUUUGUAACUCUGUCUUCUCUGUCAGUACAUGUACUGGACCAUGAAGCAGCAGCUAGCCCACCACACCGUCAACGGCUGCAACGUCAGAGCUGGGGACCUGCUGGCCUCCGGAACCAUCAGCGGACCUAACCCAGAAAGCUUUGGUUCCAUGCUGGAGCUGUCCUGGAGAGGAUCCAAAAACAUCCAGCUGACAGGAGGACAGACCAGAACGUUCCUGAAUGAUGGAGAUGAAGUCAUCAUCACAGGUUUCUGUCAGGGAGACGGCUUCAGGGUGGGCUUUGGUUCCUGCCGGGGAACCGUCCUGCCGGCCUGCAGCUCCGCUUGACCCUUUGGCAGAACCUUCAGAGGUCGUUGGGCGGUUCUGCUCCAUCUGCAGACGUCUCUUUCUAAUAAACGUUCCUCCACGACA